AGCUUUGGGUCUACAAAAAACAGAAUUAAUCCCACAUCCCGACAUCAUGACAAAACAUACAACGGGCACUGAGUGGGGAAGCUAGGCUAGUCCACCAGAAAUAUCUACCAUCAGCAAAAAACAUCUGUAUCCUUGAGGCAUUUUCAGUUGAACUCUCAUCUCUCCACUCUGGCAAAUAUUCACAAGAUUUACCACACACUCAACAGGCUGAAUUUGACUGAAGACAUUAGUCAAGACGAGCACCAGGCAGGGAACUUGCGAUCUUGCAGUUCUUCAGACUGCUUUUCAAAAGCAAUGCCUCCUAGAAAAAAGAGAAGACCUACUGCAGGAGAUGAUCUGUCAGCCAAGAAAAGCAGACAUGACAGAAAGCACGAGUCAUCUAGGAUCAAGACCGAAGAAGAAUUUUCCAGUAAAAGAUGCCUUGAAUGGUUUUAUGAAUAUGCAGGUAGUGAUGAUGUUGUAGGCCCUGAGGGCAUGGAAAAGUUUUGUGAAGAUAUUGGAGUGGAACCUGAAAAUGUAGUCAUGCUUGUAUUAGCUUGGAAGCUAGAUGCACAAAACAUGGGAUAUUUCACUUUACAAGAAUGGUUGAAAGGAAUGGGGACAUUGCAGUGUGAUACAACUGAAAAAUUAAGAAAUUCAUUGGACUAUUUGAGAUCUGUACUAAACGAACCCACUAAUUUCAAACUUAUUUACAGAUACGCUUUUGAUUUUGCACGGGAGAAAGAUCAACGAAGUUUAGAUAUUAACACUGCCAAAUGUAUGCUGGGUCUUCUUUUAGGAAAGACAUGGCCACUAUUUCCUGUAUUCAAUCAAUUUCUAGAGCAAUCAAAAUACAAAGUAAUAAACAAGGACCAAUGGUGCAAUGUGUUGGAAUUUAGUAGAACAAUAAGCCUUGAUCUUAGUAACUAUGAUGAAGAUGGUGCAUGGCCAGUCUUGCUGGAUGAAUUUGUGGAAUGGUAUAAAGAGCGACAGAUGUCCUAGCACUUAAAAUGUGGUAGAGCCAGCAUAAUCAUUAUCACAUUUGUCCACCGUUUAAUUAUUGAUUAAUGUUUGUAUUUACGUGCAUGCUGCUUUCAGCACGAUUUUCCAGAGACGGGAAAGCUCUGUGUUCACUGCGCAGCCAGCCAAAUGCUUAGUGUGGCAUUGCUCAUUGAAGGCUGUUCAGCAUUUUGAAAUGACACUAAAGUUGGUUGGAACUUCCGACGUUCACACUGUGAUGUGUAUAUUGCUGUCUGUAUUUUGUAGACGUGUAUAAAGAAGCUUCAUGUGCACAAAGAGAUUUUUGGUUAAAGACAUUUUUUGAAUUGCUGCUUUUAUGUCUAUACAGUACAUAAUUGUGUUACAUUAUUUUUUUAGAAACAUUGAAAAAGGAAAAAACCUACCCUGUACAGCAUUUUUCAUUAUUAAUAUUAUUUGUGGCUCAUUUUUAUUAAUAGAAAUUCAUCAAAUGGAAUUGGUCAUAAUCUAAAAAUAAAACCGUAAAUGUCUAAAGUCUACUGAUAUUUUGGAACUUGCAGAUUUUUUUUAGUAAUGUAAUAUUAUUUUUUCUUUUACAGAGAUGAAAUAACUAUUUCAGUUUCUUAGGCAGUGAAUAUGCAUCCUUUAAUGUAAUGUUUAUGUCAACUUAGUAUUUCUAUAAUAUUCUGAAAUGAUCCGUGCUACAUUAAAGGUUAUUGUAAAUGAAAGUCAAUCUCACAUUGAAGCUAAUCAUUUUGAUUUUAUUGAAGAUUCUUGUAAAUAUUUGCCCUUGGAAGAAAUUGUAAGAAUGUGAUUUCAGGACCUGUGUGACCAACCAUUCAGGGCCCUAGGUGCUCAAUGUUGAGGCAUCACAUGGUGAAUUGAAGUUUUUAAUUGAUAUCUAAAAAUUACUUUAUAAUUUAGGUAAUGAAAAUGUACUUUAUUUGUAGUUAACUUUAUGAAGUGUGGCCUCAUGAAUUGCAGCUGUAGUUUUUUUUGUAGGCCAUUCACAGAGAGACAGAAUACUGCCAAAAUAUGGUGUCAGUUUAAUGCUCCACAUGAAUUCCCUGUAAAUCCUGAAUAACAAUUUGAUAGUUAGAUUACUCAAAAAUGACAUCAGUUUUCAUGAUGGGAUAUUAAAAAAAAAAGACAUGGUGUGAAGCGAUACAGCCAUUUUUAUAUAAAUUGCCAGAAAACAGUGGAACAGUGGCUUCACUGGGGAGAAGAGUGACUGCAACAGGCUCUUGUCUGUUAACACAGUUGCACUCCAUCUCUUUCAGAUCAACUUUCUCCAUCUUUAAUAUGAAAUAUUCAGUUAGGGGCUAACAAGCCAAAAAUUGUAUGAACUUUCAGCUUUUGAGAUAGUCAUUUAGGUCCUGGAAUCACUGUCCUCACUAGUUGCCUUUCAAGCACAAUUUAAGAAAUUUUAAUGUUGUCUGAUGCUGUCAGUUUUAGAAAGCAGGAACAAUUAAUGCUGAAAAUAUAGUCAUUAAAUCAGGCGACCAAAAUUCUUGUAAGCAUUCUGGCUUAAGAAUAGUUUCUUUGUAUUUUUGUAUAGUAUUUAGUUUCUGACAUUCAGUACUUUAGUUUUUUACAUAUGUUGUUAAAUUAGUGCUUUACAUAGUUUGGAGGUUAAUUAAAAUUUGGGAUAUUAAAGUUUAUUAUAACUAUCCAAAUCUGCAUGUGAGUGUAGAAGAAUAGACUCUUAAGUAAGCUGGAGUUAUGAAGAAUUGGUGAAACACCAAAACAUGUCAACAGGUCAUCCAGUUAUAUAAAGUGUGUUGUAGUGCAUGACACAUUUUUAUUUUAUUAUUAUUUUGAUUAUUAGUUUCAGUGUUUUAUUUAUGUGAUGUACAGGAAUAUUCUUUGUAACAGAUAUGAGAUGAUCGUGUGGUCAUUUCUACAUCAAUAACUUAGUUUAAAACACAUCAAAUGUACAUAAUAUAGUGCAUUACAAAGUCUUUUUCAUUGAUUAUUUGUAAAUAUAGUUGUUCAAAAUUUUUGUUACAUUUAGAUUGUUUUUUGACCAUCCUUCUAAAAUGACAACAUUACUAAAGGGCUGACAGAACAUGAAAUGGUAUUUUGAUAGGAGGAAAUUAUAUUUUGAUAAAUGUGAACCAUGUUUUGAAAACGUUUUUAAUUAGGCUGUGUUCUAUUCUUUUAAUGCCUUACCCACAACUGCUGCUAGAAUAUUAGCAAGGAGCAACCCCUCAUAGUCUGUAGAGGGUAGAGGAGAACACAAACUCUUUGAAAGGGAGUGCCAAUGAAAACCUGUUGGAACCCCUGCCUUAUCCAGACACCAAAGAUCAAGUAGUUGUCUUUCAUUAUAUCCCAUUAUUGUGUGCCAAAAAUAGAAUAGUCAGUAUAGUAACCACAAAUCCAUUAUAUGUUGAAAUGACUUAAUCUUUUGCUGCUUACUUUGAUUUGUGAGAAUUAAUAUAAAUAAUUUAUUGUGAAAUUUUAUUUUUCCCUAACAUGAUUACUUUUAUUGGUUUCUUUCAAGGAAAGAACACUUUCCAGGCCGCUUGAUGUUUCUAGAGCUAUUUGACUAUGCACAAGAAAAAGAAGACAUUAUUCAAGCAAUUUGGAUGUAAAAUAAGAUUUUAGUUGCCAAAUAAAUGCAAUCUUUAUUUCUUCCCCAUUGUAAAAAGUUAAUUGCAUUUUAACACUGGUUAAAGUAAGUUACAAUCAAAAAACAUCCUGAUUAUAGACCCUGACUUAUUUGAAAAAUUAAUUAAACAGCCAUCCAUCCCUCCAUUUUCUAAACCUUCUAAAUUCAUGUUUAAACUCACAGGUAGCAACACUGGGCUGCAAGCUUCAGCCAUCCCUUUGUAGGAAGUGCCAGACUGUCGCAGGACAUAAACAUACACAGCCACAUCAUGUUGAUUUAGAUUUAUCCCUCCCAGACAAAAAGGAGAACAUCUACACAGAUGGUUGCUGGGCCAGCCUCCUACAGCACCCUGUUUGCAUUGAUAGUAUUGCUUUUUAAUAAAAAAAAAAAAAAAACUCUUUAACAAACCAAGUCCAGGAGUAAAAAUACUGUUUUCAAUCAUGCUAGUUAUUUGCAAGGAUGUCAUUACACUGUGGCUAAACCAAAGUGUUUUGUUUAUUUAUUGUUUAUUUAUGCCUUGAUGCACUUGGCGUAAAUGGAUCAAAGUGUUUUGGUCCUACUCGUUUUCCAUCCAUCCAUCCAUUAUCCAACCCACUAUAUCCUAACUACAGGGUCACGGGGGUCUGCUGGAGCCAAUCCCAGCCAACACAGGGUGCAAGGCAGGAAACAAACCCUGGGCAGGGCGCCAACCCACUGCAGGGCACACACCCACACACACACACUAGGGACAAUUUAGAAUCGCCAGUGCACCUAACCUGCAUGUCUUUGGACUUUGGGAGGAAACCCACGCAUACACGGGGAGAACAUGCAAACUCCACGCAGGGUGGACCCGGGAAGUGAACCUGGGUCUCCUAACUGCGAGGCAGCAGCACUACCCACUGCGCCACCGUGCCACCCACUCGUUUUCCAGUGAUAUUGUAAUAUAUUUUAAUAGUGUCUGUCAAUACAUGUAAUGAAAUGGCCUUUAAAGAAUCAAGGUUGGAAAACGUUAAAGUUCCCAAACAAUUACACCUUAAAAAUAAUGUGUGAUAUUUUCAAAUCUGCCUUAACCUCUUUAAUCAACUUUUUUUUUGGAAACCUCGUUUUGAUGAAUUUCUGGACAUUCCAUGACAUUAAAUACAAGAAAGUUGUCAUCUGUGUUUGCUUCUAUAAUGCACUGUACAGUUCCCUGGUGAUGGCUUUCCAUUAGAAGCUGUGAAGGAACACUGAAGCAGGGGCCGCUUAUCAGCUUGGUGUGCCAGGCUUCUAUUCUGGGGUAUUUGUUGACAUGUGCCAUUGGAGUCUACUGCUUUCUGAAAGAAGACCAAACCAUCUUAAAGAAUCAGUUAUUGGGUCUAAUAAAUGGAAGACCCUUGCAUGUUUUAAAAAUAAAUGUUAAUUUGUAAGUUUUUUUUUUUUUGUCAUGGUCUGACUUUGCAUUUUUUGAUUUCAUUACUUCUGUAGCCAUCUUCUGUUUCCGUAAACAUCUGAGCCUAUGGAUAAUGUUAACAGUGGUGCUUGCAAGUGUUCAUAUUUUGUAUUGAGGUCAUGGGUGCACCACUUUAAAUGUUAUGUCUUCCAUGUUAGGAGUGUAAUAUACAUAACUGUAAAAUGUGUACAGUAUAAUAUGCUUUUUAAGUGUAUUUUAUGUUUAUGGUUUUCUUUUUUUAAUACGCAGAUAGCUAUUGUCAAAUUAAAGUAAUUCCUGAAUUUG